UAAAUCUGGUUGAGAAUGCGUUGAAAACCGCAAAACAACGAAGAAGCAUUAUUAAACCAUGGAUCAGUCUUUAGACGUCGCGUUAAAAGUAGACCAAACAAAUGAACGCGACAGUAAUGACAAUUUUCAAAAUGUGCUGUUCAGCGUCGACAUUAAAAUGGAGAAAGAGGCAGUAACAAAUGACGACGAAGAUUGGUGUGUAGAUAAUUUUGCAGCCGGCAAUCUUCUGGAGCCGCUGUUCUUUAAACAGGUCGUGGAGCCCCAGGGUAUACAAUGCUCGUUGUGCUAUAGAUACUUUCUAGACCGAUAUGAUGUCUACAAACACAAUCUGGCCCAUCUCCAAGUUACUAUCACCAAUCCGGUAUACUUCCGAUGUGAUAUCUGCAACUCCUACUUCGAGAACAUAAAGUCUAUUGAGCGUCAUAUGCCUACCCAUAACAAAAGUAUUACAAAUACAUUACCAUAUAAACCUAAAGAUUGCAACUCCUAUGAAAAACUGAAAACAUAUGAAUCAAAACAUAAUUCUCUAAAGACAAAUUAUGGAGACUACGAAACUAAAAUAAAUUUAAGAGAUGUUAUGACUGACUCCUUAAAUGAACCCAGAAUAUUGGCACCUACUGUAACAGACAAAAAGCACCAAUGUAAUAUAUGCCAAAAGACGUAUUCAUACAGUGCCUGGCAUGGCCACAUGCAUGAAGUACGCGGUAUGGGUAAAUACACAUGCGAAUUUUGUGAUUUGGCCUUUAAGUGCAAGCGAUAUUUGAACAGGCACUUACAGAAACAUUUUGGGAAACGUCAGCGGAAAGGAUUACAGAAAAUGGAUGUCAAAUGUGACCAAUGUGAUGCUGUUUUGCAGAAUUUAAGCGCUUUAACUACGCACCGGAGGAAUGUCCAUAGUGCUAAUAAACAUGUGUGUGCCAUUUGUAAGUCUACAUUGAAAUGCAAGUCAUAUUUGCUGGCGCAUAUGCGGAGAGUGCAUAGCGACGGGAAGAAGCAUGAAUGUGAAUGUGGGAAGAGUUUUAAAACUCAUAGGUAUUUAAUGGUGCACAAACGGAACGCACAUUCAAAGAAGAAAAAAGAUAAAGUAAAGUCAGAAGUAAAAACUGAAGGAUCAUGAUAAAUCAUAAAAAAAAGUCAGUGACAAUUCCAAACUAGUAUUGUGACAACGCCAUCUACUGACAUUUAUUUAAAGUGUAUCGCACAAAUAAAAUGAGCAUAAAUAACACUUAGUACAUUUCCACCCCAAUUUUUUUCAAGAAAAGAUGCUUGCUGCAAGGACUGUGGUACACUGACCCGCCUGUUGCUAUCUCUAU